GGGCUUUGGUCUGGCGGGGCGGUGGCGGCGAGAGCGGCUGGGAAGAUGCCAGUGGCGGUGAUGGCGGACAGCGCCUUCAGUUUCAGAAAGCUGCUGGAUCAGUGCGAGAACCAGGAGCUUGAGGCUCCUGGAGGAAUUGCCACACCACCAGUGUACGGCCAGCUUCUGGCUUUGUAUUUGCUUCAGAAUGACAUGAAUAAUGCAAGAUAUCUUUGGAAGAGGAUUCCACCUGCUAUAAAGUCUGCAAAUUCUGAACUUGGGGGAAUUUGGUCAGUAGGACAGCGAAUCUGGCAGAGAGAUUUCCCCGGGAUCUAUACUACCAUCAACGCCCACCAGUGGUCGGAGACUGUGCAACCAAUCAUGGAAGCCCUUAGAGAUGCAACGAGGAGACGUGCUUUCGCCCUGGUCUCUCAGGCGUACACCUCCAUAAUCGCAGAUGACUUCGCUGCCUUUGUCGGCCUCCCUGUGGAGGAAGCUGUGAAAGGUGUAUUGGAACAAGGAUGGCAAGCCGACUCUGCCACAAGAAUGGUUCUUCCCAGGAAGCCAGCCUCAGGAGCCCUGGAUGUUUCCUUUAACAGGUUUAUUCCCUUAUCAGAGCCUGCCCCAGUCCCACCAAUCCCCAACGAGCAGCAGCUCGCCAGGCUGACCGACUACGUGGCUUUUCUGGAAAACUGAUAGAUGUGAGUUCAAGAUUCACCUUCAGCCCCUGUCACUGGCAAACAGACCUGGAGUUUUAUUCCGAGUUUACUGAACAGGGUGAGCACCUCGGUGUCCUUUGGGUGUGAUAAAAUGCACAUAGAAGAUGAAGCAGAUUGAACAGUUUCCUCCUCAGACACUGCUGAAUGUCUUUGAAACAGUUCUCAUCUGUAUUGAUCACUUAGGUUGGAGCCAUCAGUAUUAUGCAGCUAGUUUCUGUCAGCGACUGGACUCUGAACA